AUCACUCAAGCCUCACCACGCCCACAUUUUACAAGCAGACAGGAGCCACGCUCGGUAGUAAACACGGGAUAUGACUGUUCAUUCACACACACAGCAAAGGCUACGCGACAGACAGCUGACUGGAGAGUGCGAAAAUCAACAAAUCAGGAGUAUCAAGCUUUUGACAGCAAAGGAGCAAAUCACCACCUUUAUCUGGAUUCUUCUUUCUUUUCAUGAGGUUGUGUUUAUUUUACUACGAUAGUUUAUCACAGCUUCAGAUCCGAAGAAUGAGAGGGAAUCUUUCCCCGAACGAAGAUAUUUCAGGGUAUUACUCAAUGAUGCCUGUCUCGGACUUCCAUACAAAGCCUCCCUGUACGAUGGAGCCCGCGGACCGUAUGUGUGGAGCGCGAGGAGCUGUCACCGCCAGACCGCUGAUGGGGAACACCUCUCCGUGGCAGCACUCCGGGGAUGGAGGAUGCACGCAGGACGGAUCUGAGGAGUUAAAGGGUAUGGUUGUCAUUGCGUCUCACUUUUUUUUAAAGUGACUUCAACAGAUCUUGACUGCUAGAUAAUAAUAUGAAUAGAUUUGUAUACCUUAAUAUAAUCAAGGUUUUGUUUUUAUAUUUAGAGAUUAUGUUUUUUAUUACCAUAAUGCCACACAUUAUUGAUAUUCCCCAGAUAUUCACUCUCAAUGUGACAAGCUCUUAGUAGGCCCUACUGCAAACAUGAAACUCAUUCACAGAAAAUAAUUUGGGGAAAAUACACAAUUGUUUACUGUAGCACAUGGACAUAUCAUUGCUCCUCUUUGCUCUUGCAGUAGUGACAUCAAUAUUUCAUCUACACUCAUAAUGAACACUGUAUCCUGAUGCAAUAUCUCUAGCGUUCUUAUCUUAUUUAACUUCAUAGAGCACACAUGCACACAAGCAUGGACACAGUUUCUGUGGGCUCUGGUCAGGUUCUUAUCUCGGGCCUGUAAAACAUGGAGGGGAUGAGUAGAUAUGAUAUCGCUGAGUAGAUAUGAUAUAGCUUCCACACAACUAUGGAGCAAGGAAGUUUGUUUUAGAGCAGCCCAGUUACAUCUCCCUCUCUAGCUGGAAGGAGGAACACAUGGCAUGCUGAUUUUCUGGAAAACGAUGCAGCAGGAUGAACGUAUGGUUCAGUAAAUGAACUGAAUUAUAAUACAGUUAUAGCUUGGAUCUUGGUACAUCUUGCUUUUGAACCAAGCCUGGGACCUUUUGCACAUCCAUGUCUAACCUAUAGGGAUGAGUUGACAUUCUAUGGCUGCAGGGUUGUCAUCUGCAGCUCAGUGUCACCAUGGUGUAACACAGUGAGAUGUGUCAGGAAUCAGGAAUGAAGUGAGUGCAUUGGAGAAGUACUGUAUGUGUAAGACCUGAUCAGAUCUCAUCUCAGGAGGAGUGGUUAUUAUUUACCCCCCACUUGAGGUUACAGAAUCCACUAAUGAAAACGAGGACCAGAUCAGGCUAGCUAAUUCCAGUUUCCUCCACCAAGCUACCAAACUAGCUAGCUCUGGUCAUGCCCAAUGACUAGGCUCUUUCUCAUGUUCCAGCGUGAACCCUGAGAUAUCCUCCCUCCCUCCUCCAUACACAAACUCCAGUCCCCCUCCUUCCUAUAGUGUUAUAGGCACCCACCGUCCCCUUUUAGAUUUUCAAUCACACGUCUGUUCAUGUUUCAGACUGAAGUGACGAAACAUACUAGAUUAUUUUAUUGCUAGGUGGAGAAGAAAAAAAACAUCUACAAGAGAAGCAGAGGAGUUGACCUGAAGUUCUGGAUUUCAAUGGUUUCACAGGGGCCUUAACUAGAGUGAUUUGGCUGUAUAUCUCUCAAUAAGUUCAGAAAUGAUGUGUCGUUACCGGUGCUUUCAAUGGUAACCAUGUUUAGCCCAGCUGUUGCUGUAGGGGAGAUAAUAAUAAUAAUAAGCAGGCUGAGAUAAGUGUUUAGGUCCAGUUAAGAGGCCAUCGAGGUAACCAAAUUAUUAAAGAUUAGCACAAUAACCCAUCAAUAAAUUACAAAUAAUUCCUGAUAUUCCCAGGAAAAUAAAAUGCUCUUCGGACAUUCAAUCCGGUAAGAUCUUAUUUUCUCCUAGUUUUGCAGUAAAAGUCUGUUUUCGUCCAGAGCUGCAGAGCUAACAGAGAUAUGACAAGUGAUUCAUGAGGCUGUGACUGAGGCCUCAGUGAGUUAGAUAUGCCCGUUCCCAUAGUUGGAGGUUAUUGUGAGUAGCCCUACAUUCCUAUGGCGGUGAAGCGCCCCUUAUAAUAGCCUGUUAGAGGUCCAGUCUGGCAUAUGGGCUCAGGAGUAAGAGAGCAUCCAGGGGGAGCUCCAUGGGUGUGUGUGUGUGUGUGUGUGUGUGUGUGUGUAUGUUAGACCCUUUGUAGGGGGUCCUUGGCUGGAAUCUGGGGCACCAGCAGAGUUAUGGUUUUCCUUGCAGCAUUUCCUGUUCUACAGAACGAGGCCCCAAACGUUUUCCUAAAAUGGUAUCUGUGUUCAUACAGUGUGAGGUCCCUCUACACAUUAGGAAAGACCUCUCUUUUAUCAGAAAAAGUAAGUGGCCUUGGUACAAGUACACCCCCUGGACAGGACACUACUCUAUCGCAGGGCCUUACCCCCUAUCUAUCUCCUUAAUGCUGAGUGCCGAGCAGAGACACAUCGGGUCCCAUUUUUACAGUCUUUCGUACAACUCGGCCGGGGAUCAAACUCUUCCAAUCUCAGGGCGGACACUCUAACCACAAGGCAACUGAGUUGGUUCAGGAAUAGUCACAUAGUUAAUUAGAAGUUAAUGGUCAUUCUGUCCCACAGAGCUGAAUUUAACUGACAUGUGUGGAGUGUUUGUGUGCAAAAACAAUUAAUGUGUAUUGCCCUCAAACUCAACUCUUGACAUCGAAGCCAGUUCUGCUUUUUUUCAUUAUUCCCCUCUAAUCACAGACUGAUUUAAGACUUGGGACACCAGGUGGGUCCAAUUAAGUAUCAGGUAGAACAGAAAACCAGCAGGGUUAGAGUUAAAUACCCAUGGUGUAUUGCAUUGGUGGGUGACAUUUAUUAGUUCAGGCUAGUGGCUGAAAUUCACACUGUAAAUAUUGUUUUGUUGAGUUCCUGAAUCCAGAACUCACAUUCUUGUAUUAGAAGAAUAAUGCUGUUUUUGUCUGACUGCUUUAUAUACAUGUCUGUAGCCAUCUGCCUGACCAUAAGGCUGUGAUGCAACUGUAUGCUGGCCAUGUGUUCUGUUUGUGGUCUUUCAAGUUGUUUUGUCCUUAUGUUACCCCAGCUCCCCAAAUGAAGCCCAGAUGUAGUGCUAGAUUGAACUAUUGUUGUGUUGUUCUCGUUUGGACGAUCUGAGAACAGUUACUGUAACCACUGAAACCCCACUUGGGCCCGCAGCCAGCAUGUUUGUGAAUAGAGGCUGUCUUCAUAACAUGUGACAGUGGGUACGCUCUAUUAGGGGGAAGACAGGGGGAGGCAAGAUAGAGUUAUGAAGGGGACGGGUGCUUGGUGGGGUCUUGGAGUAAAGCAUUGUUCCCCAAUGUGAGUGAUGUGUGGGCAGCUGCUGCUUGUGACACUGCGGAGUGAUUGUUUUUCCUGGCCCUCUGCCCCUUUAACCCCGCCCCGGAGUGACAUUCUGAUUGAGACCAGAGUAGCCUAGUUUGAGGCAGCUUUUAGGGGGAUUGCCCCCUCCCCUUCCCACUCCUGCUCCUAACAGAGACAAGGAAAUUUGAGAAACUGUGCGUGCAUGCGUGUGUGUGUUUAAUGGACUCUCCUCUGCGUCUCUUUCUCCGGGCAGCGGUUUGUGGAGCCCUGCCACUGCUGGCAGUGGUGUUCUGCCAGAAGAGAAGCUCAGUGCCUCUUCAUAGGCCCAUUAAGUUACCCCUAGCAGAGGACAGAGAGAACAAAACAUACUUUAACAAACACUUCAAUCUCUCCUCUGUGCCUUCCAAAACCUGAAACUAGGGAACAUUAAACAAUAGUAUUUUAUUCCAAAUCUGGACAGAAAACAGAUUCCAAACAAAUGAAAGUAUUACCAUGGAAAAACGACAUGAUUCACUUUUAGAGUAGGCCUACUGUUGUUUUUGCACCGGCUGCUGAAAGGCUCUGUUGAGGUCUUUAUACAAUAAAGACUAGUUAGUUGUUCCUUCCUUAUAAAGUCUGCAAUAGAAUGAGAGGCCUCAGGAAAGAUGUAUGAUGCACUCCUGCAAUGAGCACGGACAGGGCAUGUGCAUCUCUAUUGAUGUCAAUCUUCAUAGAUCACCAUUGUAUGGUGCUCGUCUCUGAGUGAUUGGGUCUUGCCUUAGUUUGCAGUGCUCCUCAGCUUUUUCUACCAGAGACAAGCAUGUUAGGGUUUUUUCUCUUCGAGAAAAAGAAAACGUAAAAACUGAUGAAGUAAUGUUAUUAAUGUAUAGACAGACCUUGUCAGCAAUAUUCCAAGGCAUGCUCUUUUAAGCUCAAAUGAAGCUAGCUUAAUUUCUUUUUCAGUCCUUAAAUUGGCAAGCAUGUCUGUUCAUGAAACACUGGCAGUUUUAUUAGUGUUUAUUUAAUACUCUCCUCUCUCACUUAUUUAAUGACACUUGUAAUCCGUGAUGUGGAAAAUGAGCGGCUGUCAUAAAGAGUUGACAUGCCUGCUCUCUGGCGCUAGCCAGACAGUGUGCAUUAUGUCAGGAGUUUCUCAUGACGUCUGUUACAUAUGGCCCUCAGCCGAGGUCCGGGGCUGUCUGACCUCUGGACACUCAGACCUAUGGUAACUGAGACACUGUCUGCGUGGAAGAGGAGAGAGAAGGAGAGAAGAGGAGGAAAGGUUAGGAGAGAUUCGGGAAAGAAGAGUUGAGAUAGGGAAGAUGCAAUGGGUUUAAUUGUUGCUGUAUAUUCGCGUUGUCUGGGGUGACCAAACUCAACUGUGUGUAGUACGGUACCUGACCUGUGAUACGGUACCUGACCUGUGAUACGGUACCUGACCUGUGAUACGGUACCUGACCUGUGAUACGGUACCUGACCUGUGAAUAAGUAUUUUUCCACAGCAGCGAUGGCGUGCACAUACAUCAUAACCUACAGUAUGUGUCAGGGAGGAUACACAGUGCUCCUAUUGACACUCAGCAAAAACACUCUACCUUAUGCACUGAUGACCACCCUUCUAUGCUGUUACAUUCAGUGGAAUAGGCACUUGUCUCUGGCACCUCUUGACUGUUGGAGUGUUGUGUAAACUAAUUACCAUUCCAUUUGUUGUGCGCUGCUGUUUGUCUACUGUAGAUCAUGCGAUUGUAUGCCCUCAUAGUUGGACUCUAGAGUUAGUAAGUAGUGUUUGCUCUGAUUUCCCCAGGAGGUCACAGACAGGAUUACUGUGGCUUGUGGUAGAAAUAGCCUCCAUUGACCCAUUAAUGUACUUUUUAGCAUUCCAGGAAAGCUGAAGAACCGCAUAAAUGCAAGAAGCAAACCCGUUUUGAUGUUAAUCAUCAUUAUAUAGGACAACGUAUUAAUAUGUUGCAUCUGAACAGUCAAUCGUCAUUAGAACAGGCUGCUCACACUGUAGACUUGGGUGAAUUCCAAGUGAUCAUCUGUCACUGACUGUGAAGUGUGAAUGCCAUCUUUCUCCGUGCCCAGAGUGAACAGUCACUGACACAACACUGGCAAAUCUCAACAUGUGAAUUAACACACCAAAAUACAUUACUAAUUGACUCUAAGCAGAGUUGAUAGUAUGAGGUCAGAUCAGUGACAGAGUCCCUGUGUAUUUAUAGCCUCCAUACAGGUCUGGACCAGUCUCAGUCAGUUUGACCCAGGGCCAAGCCUUGGUGUCUGGUGCCUAGCUGGCUCACACCUCCACUGCUAUCCCAUCAUUCACCCCUGCCACGGUGGGCUUGUCCCCAGUGUCUAGGGCCCAUUGUCAGGCUGCGUGGUUACAUAAGAGGCCUUGGAUGUCAAAGCCUCCAUUGAUUAGAAUAACACAUUGGGGUGGGAUGACGAUGGACAUCUCCAGUCAGAACUGUUGGCGAGCCUAGAGAUCUCACCACACUUUGGGUCCUUGUUUAACUGACUGUGUGUUUUGAGGGUUAAUUGAGGAAUAAUAAAUGUGGUGGGUAAAUUACUCUUCAAUUCAGAACAGUGCAACUGUUGAGUUUCCUAGCUUUGCAUUUUAGAGUCUUGGCAGAACAGUGUGUACCGACAGCUCACAGUCUCAGCCAUUUCCCUGGUUACGUCUUUGUGGUUUCAGUGACAACAUUAAGAAAAGUGUUUUCGUAUUUUAAUUUAAAUACAUUUAAGUAAAUGCUUUUAAACUCAGUUACUGUAUGGUUUAGCUAAGAUUGGAUAAUGAAUCAGUCGCUGUAUGAAAUUUCAACAAGGAGAAUUCUCUAACUGUGCUAUAAUCUGUCUUUUCACAGAGAAAACUGUGCUUGCCCCACCGGUGUUCGUCUUUCAGAAGUCUUUCACCCCAUCCAUGAAGGUAAUCUGAAUCAUAUCCUGAAGGGUAACAUGUUGACAGAUGAUGCACAUGCAUUAUUAAAAAGCAGUUGCUAAUAAAUAGGAUACAUUCAGAAACAUGUAAUGGAAGAAUAUGUAUCAUUAGUUUGCAUUUCUGAACUUUCUUUCUGUAAUUUAUUUCUACAGAGGAGAGCAGAGAGAUGGGAGGAGGGAUCAGGUAAGCAUUAUAUAUGCUGCAUGUCAUAACAAGCAAACAUUUUGCUGGAUGAUUACUCUCUGAAUCUCUGUUACUUUCUAUUGCAUUGGCAGUAAUAUAUUUAUGUGUACUUGGCUUGUUCUCCAAUAGUUGUGGGAAUCAGUGCAAACAAACGAGUCCGAUCUUUCACCUACCCUAAUCCUAACAGCAGAAUGAGGAAAGGUGAGUGUUCAGAAAUAUCAAUUUGCAGAAAUUGUCUGCCUACUCUAUAAAAAAUAUGUACAUACGUAUUAUGGUAUUAUUACCACCAGACAUAAACCUUUGAGGGUUGAAUUAUAAUCCCUGUUCCUCAGUGUUACUCUCCUUUGGUAAGGGUGAUUUAUUUGUACAAUCUCUACUGACAUUUCACCUACAGUAUAUACACAAUGCUGCUGGUUAACAUGACUUCUCUUAUUUCUCUGUGUCUCUGACAGGCUCCUGUGACGGCAGUAGACGAGUACGAACAAAUUCCCACUCUUUUCCCCAACCACCUCCAGGUAAACAACCGCACAGUAGACAAGACCUGUCAAGUCCUGUCAUCUCUCUACUGUCCUCUAUUAUCUCUAUCCUUUCAUCUCUCCUUUCUAAGCUGUCCCCUAGUGCAUACAGCGCCCACGCAAAUAAGUAGCAACUGAGUCUCGUUGCUUGAUUCCUUGACUCGCCUGCAUAUGAUUGUAGCCUUAAUAAAACUGGGAUCUUACUGGAAUAAAAUACAGUAUCUCCAUAUCUUUUAAAUGAACUGAAGCAGUGCACCAUGACAUAGCCGCGGGAAGAAUAUUUGGCACUACAGACGGCUAUAUCGGUCGGCUAAUACAGGACUAGUAAAGGCCCAGUGCACUACUUUUGUGAGAAAAAUUUAUAAAUAAUAAUAAUGAUUUUUCAGGGGGUGCUGCAACACCCUCAGCACCCCUACUUCCCGCGGCUAUGCAUCAUGAUCAAACUCUCUGAAAAGGUUUCCUGUCUAUAUUCACUGCCAGUAUUUCCUCUAGGUCCAUACAUUCCAGUCACACCAUCCCUGUAAAGGGUUCUUCGUCUGUGCCCAUAGAAGAACCCUUUGAAGAGCCCUUUUUGGUUGUAGGUAGAACCAUUUUGGGUUCCAUGUAGAACCCUUUCUACAGAGGGUUCUAUAUGGAACACAAAAGGGUUCUACCUGGAACCAAAAAGGGUUAUCCUAUGGGGACAGCCGAAGAACCCUUUUGGAACUAUUUUUUCUAGAGUGUAGAUUCCCAGCAGCCACUUCACUGCAGCCCCUAGUAUCUCUUUCCCCUGAUCCGUUUCAGUUUCACUCUGUCACUGCAGCCCUCACCUGCUCAUCACAAAUCACCACCAUGACCCACCAUUGGCAACGUGGUACCCUCACUGCUCAUUGUUGGCCAAGCAUGUUGAAUGUUGUCAUGUGCUAAGUCUGGCGGUGACUUUGACAUAAAUGUGGGGAGCGUGUUUUAACUUUAACCAUAUAUGAUAUGUCUGUCUGUGUGAACUCUUCUGAUGGAUCUCCACUCCCCUCUCUCCUAGUCUCAAGAUCAAAUGUCUUCAUGCCCUCAAAUCUGUGCAACCGGACCAACAAUUCCCCAAACACAGGUAAAUAUCCAUUCUCUGGUCUUAUGUUUACCUUUUGAUGUGCUAAAAUACCUAUAAUUAUCUAAAUAACUAACAAACCACACUUAAUCUCUAUUCUACAUAUAGUGUUUUUUUUUUCCAUACCUGAUCGUAAGACUGACUUUGAAGGACAGAAAUGGAUUAAAGUCUCUUUAUACCCCUCCUUUUCUAUUCCUCUCAUCUUCUGUGUAGUUACACCUCUGAACAGGGUCAGAAGGUCAUUCCUUCAGCCUGCACGUCUCCUCGCCCCUCAGCCCUGGAACAUCUCCUCACAGCCACACCUAUCUGAGGUAUUCUACAACUCUCUUCACCCCCUCACACAGAGUGAAAUGAGAAAACUCUCUCAGGUAAAAAAUUAAAAGAGAGUGAACUCUCUCAGACCUUAAAAGUAUUUCAAUAAUAAAAUACUUCUCAGUUGGGGUUGUGUCAAAAAGAGAGUGAACUCUCUCAGACCUUAAAAGUAUUUCAAUAAUAAAAUACUUCUCAGUUGGGGUUGUGUCAUUGCCUGAGGGACCCACAUGCUUUUCUCAGAGAAACAUAUUCACUCACUAACAGUUUAUAAACCCAACCCCCAAAACCAGUUUGAAUCAGUUCUUUCUAUUGGAAAUUAUUGUGCAAUGUUUUUUUUGUUAAUGUCUGUCAAUGCUUAAUUAGCUUUCUCUCUACUCCCGAACUUGCCAGAUCAACACACUCAAUUAUAUAAUAGGUUUUGUCUGUAAAAUGUAUCUUAUUUUCUAUUUACACAAGCAUUGUGUUGAAUUCUUUGACUCAAGGAAGUACCAAUCCAAUGUAAUUUCAGGAAUGUAAUAGGACUGUAAAAUAAUAAUUUGCAUUGUUUUUUUGUCCCACUUCCACAGGUGAGCCAUGAUCCUUCAGAUGAUGGCUGCAGCAUCACAACUGACCGCUCCUCCACUGUUGGUGUAUUACAUCAGAAGAAACCCCCUCAAGUUCACAGGUACGCAGAGGACCUGGUUUAAUGUAACAGUAAGGAUGCAGGGUAUCUGGUCAGGUCAAGUCUGUGCAAUAUUUCUGUUUUAAAGCCUCACAGCCACUUUAAACAGUAUAUUUGACAGUUGACAUUCUAAUUGAGGGCUACCCACUCCACGUCAAGGCAUGGAUUAGUUCAACCAGGGGGUUAGGGUUACAGGUUAACUUCCAGUCCAGACCCAGGACUGGACAGCCUUGCUUUAACCCAGAGACCCUGACAGAGUUGUGUUGUGUUUCCUCUGUCAGAGCUAUGUGGGGUCUAGGGGUUUAGUUCCCAGCAGUGAUUCUGAACCUGCUGACCUCUCUGCUGACCUCUGGUUCACCCUCCACAGAUCAAAGGCAGACGGUACCACCUCAGACAGGGUCCAGUUUGUGUUUGGGGAAAACAUGAGCGAAAGAGUCUUGGUGAGUUCAGGAUACUUUCAGUAAAGCACACCGACAUACACUACAUGACCAAAAGUAUGUGGACACCUGCUAGUCAAACAUCUAAUUCCAAAAUCAUGGGCAUUAAUAUGGAGUUGGUCCCCCCUUUGCUGCUAUAACAGCCUCCACUCUUCUGGGAAGGCUUUCCACUAGAUGUUGGAACAUUGCUGUGGGGACUUGCUUCCAUUCAGCCACAAGAGCAUUAGUGAGGUCGGGCACUGAUGUUGGGUGAUUAGGCCUGGCUCGCAGUCGGCGUUCCAAUUCAUCCCAAAAAUGUUCGAUGGGGUUGAGUUCAGGGCUCUGUGCAGGCCAGUCAAGUUCCUCCACAACGAUCUCGACAAACCAAUUCUGUAUGGACCUCGCUUUGUGCACGGGGGCAUUGUCAUGCUGAAAACAGGAAAGGGCCUUCCCCAAACUGUUGCCAUAAAGUUGGAAGCACAGAAUUGUCUAGAAUGUCAUUGUAGGCUGUAGCGUUAAGAUUUCCCUUCACUGGAACUAAGGGGCCUAGCCCGAACUAUGAAAAACAGCCCCAGACCAUUAUUCCUCCUCCACCAAACUUUACAGUUGGCACUAUGCAUUGGGGCAGGUAGUGUUCUCCUGGCAUCCGCCAAACCCAGAUUCAUCGGUCGGACUGCCAGAUGGUGAAGCGUGAUUCAUCACUCCAGAGAACGCGUUUCCACUGAUCCAGAGUCCAAUGACGGCAAGCUUUACACCACUCCAACCGACGCUUGGCAUUGCGCAUGGUGAUAUUAGGCUUGUGUGCGGCUGCUCGGCCAUGGAAACCCAUUUCAUGAAGCUCCCGGCGAACAGUUCUUGUGCUGACGUUGCUUCCAGAGGCAGUUUGGAACUCGGUAGUGAGUGUUGCAACCGAGGACAGACGAUUUUUACGUGCUACGUGCUUCAGCACUCGGCGGUCCCGUUCUGUAAACUUGUGUGGCCUACUACUUCGCGGCUGAGCCGUUGUUCCUCCUAGACAUUUCCACUUCACAAUAACAUCACUUACCGUUGACUGGGGUAGCUCUAGCAGGGCAGAAAUUUGACGAACUGACUUGUUGGAAAGGUGGCAUCCUAUGAUGGUACCACGUUGAAAGUCACUGAGCUCUUCAGUAAGUCAAUUAUUUUUACUGCCAAUGUUUGUCUAUGGAGAUUUCAUGGCUGUGUGCUCGAUUUUAUACACCUGUCAGCAACGGGUGUGGCUAAACUAGCCGAAUCCACUCAUUUGAAGGGGUGUCCACACACUUUUGUAUAUAUAGUGUACUUAUACAGUAGCAAUUUGCAUAGGAUGACUAUGAAAUAUAUGAUGUCAUCACACUUGUAUGACUUUAAAUGUGUUACCAAACACGUUAUAUUUACAGAAAUGCUCUCACUUUCUCGCCCUCAUAUAGAGACCACAGAAAUCAUCCAGCAGUGAAGAUUCUGAUUGCAGCUCUGAUCCUGAGUCUUCCACCUCUGAGUCAAGUCAUAAAGGUAAAUCAUUAAGUUCGUCAUAGUGUAUUUACAUGAGUACACAACUCUGGUCCUCAAGAACCAGUACCUCAAUGGCCACAGUGUCUGCUGAUCCACCAAGACUGUGGUCCUAGGCUGCGUUUACACAGGCAGCCCAAUUCUGAUAUUUUGCCCAAUUAUUGGGAAAAGAGCUGAUCUGAUUGGUCAAAAGACCAAUUAGUGGAAAAAGAUUAGAAUUGGGCCACCUGUGUAAACACCACCAUAGAGGACUAGAGCUGUGCACCUCUGUUCUAUUAGUAAUUGACUGCCUCUUAGUGGAUGCCUUUCAGAACUGCAGCUGAAGUGCUGUCUGUGUUUGCUGAUAGGUGCUGUGUGGAGCAGUCUGAGGGAGUCUGCUGCAGCUUACACAGCGUCCUGUGGGAGGCAGUGUGUGCUCAGGCAGGUUCAGCUGUUCACUGGGGAGGAGAAGGAGAGCAAUGUGGUCCAGGUGAGGACCUAUAGGGCACGUUCCUCUGCCCAGGCGUUGCUGACGCAUGCCAGAUCUUACAGUGCCUGGAUAGGUAUUUUACGUAUCAGCUAACCACAUCAUUAGGUUAUACCAAUCUGGUGCCUAACGGCACAGUUCAUAACGAGGAAUGCGACCAUUAGGUUGAAAUAGGAUCCAAUAGGUCUGUGCCUUCUGAUAUUGCUAGAGAUAGUGGUGUACCUUUUUAAAUACCUUUUUAAAGCGUGCUUUCUGUUUUUAUUUUAGCUAACCUGCAGACUGUUUGUCCUGGAAAAAGGAACACAGUCAUGGACUGAGCGAGGGAGAGGAGUCCUGCGACUCAAUGAUCUAGCAUCAGGGACCAAAGGAGGACUGCAGUCCAGGAUAGGUGAGUUUACCAUGAAGGAGAUUACUAUUUCCAUCAAUCUGACUAACAUCAGCACAGCUUUCUGUUUCUCAUCCUCAGUAUAUCUCAUAUAUCUCUCACACAUGUCGCCAUCUGAACAGUGAUGAGGCACCAGGGCAGUCUCAAGGUUAUCCUCAACACCAAGCUCUGGCCACACACACACCUGCGUCGCCCGGCCCGCCGGAACCUCCAGGUGACGGCCACCGACGUGGAGACUCAAGCCGUCCGGGUGUUCCUCAUCCAGGCCGGCGCCAGGGACGUGGCUCGCCUCUACGUGGCCAUCCACCAUCGGCUGGUAGCCCUACGGGCCAGUGCUGCUGGGAGGGAGGCAGAGGCUGCAGGGGGCAGGACCAGGGAGGGGCACUGCAACAGUGAGAAUGAGGAGGAAGAGGAGGAGGAGGAGGAAGAGGAGAGACAACGGCAAGAAAGAGAAGAAGGGCUGCUAGUGACACGAUUGCGACCU